AUGAAGAAGCUCACCUUCACGUCCGAGCUGUCAUGGCCACGGAAGUGGCUGUCCGUCUUGAGACCUCGACACUUUAGGUCGGCAACACAGAUGGUGUCGAAGGAAGGUGAGACCAUCGACUUCGUCUCACCAGUUCACACCUCUGGCAAGAAUGUUGAGACUUGGAUGACGGAAGUUGAGAAUCAGAUGCUCGCGGCCGUGCGAGAGGUGAUCAAGAUUGGCGUCGAGAGCUACAUCGAGCUCGACCGUACCGAGUGGGUCCUGCAGCAGCCCGGCCAGGUCUGCCUGAACUCGAGCCAGGUCCAUUGGACUGCAGAAGUGGAGGAAGCCAUUGGCCAGGCAGCCUUGUCCGGGUACUUCGAGAAGCUGUCGGACCAGCUCAUGGGCCUCGUCCGCUUGGUUCGCGGCGACAUAUCGAAGCUCCAGCGCAUGAGCAUCGGUGCGCUGAUCGUCAUCGACGUGCAUGCCAAGGACACCGUGGAAAAGAUGGCCAAAGACAACAUUACGGACGUCUUCUCCUUCGAGUGGAUCUCGCAGCUGCGCUACUACUGGGAGAUGGAUGAUCGGAACUCCGAGAACCUGUGGGUGCGCAUGGUUCAGACACCUUUCCCAUACGGUUACGAGUACCUGGGAAACUCUUUCCGCCUGGUGAUUACGCCUCUCACGGACAUGUGCUACAUGACUCUCAUGGGAGCGCAGAGCCUGAACCUGGGUGGGGCGCCAGCUGGUCCCGCAGGCACCGGAAAAACAGAAACGACGAAGGAUCUCGCCAAAGCAUUGGCCAAGCAGUGCCUGGGCCGCCCGUGGAAGCGUCUGUCCGUUAUGCUUUAG